GUUGGUACGCCGACUUAUGCGGCUCGAAAGUUGGUAGGCUUGGUGCGUGUCGACGCCCAAGCGUUUACUAUACUUACAACAAGUGGGUGGAAUUUAAUAGUAGAAUCAUCUGCGUUCUCUUGUGGCUAAUGAGGGCGGCAAAAGUUGUUGCACGUGAAUUUUUGGUUUAGCAUAAAAAUGGCUAUCUUUGAAUCCUGCUGGUCCCCAUUUAUUUGGACCAAUAGUGUGAGAACAGGAUGCAAAGCUAUUGCUUUCUACACAAUUGCGAUCAGUAUAAUAUUUAUUACACUAAUCAGUUACCAGUUACAUGGAGGUGAUUCUUCGCAGCUGUACAAUCCUAUGUUUGAAGCUGAUCUCAGAGGAUCUAUGCAAGUUGUUGGAGGCUUCUUUAUAUUAUACUUUGUUCUCCUAAUUGCAUCAGGACUUUUGAUGGUAUAUGGAAUUAGAGAGGGAAUAAGAGGAUGGUUACUUCCUUGGCUUAUAUUAUGGUUUAUUGCCUGUCUGUUCCAAUUAGUUUUUGGACUUUGGCUUGUUGGAGGCUAUUAUAUCUAUCUUGAUGCAACAUUUGCAGCCAUGUGUAUUUGGCUUUGGAUGUCAUAUAAUGUAUACUGCUGGCUAGUUGUUCUAUCAAUGUACAAAAUAUUUGAGGAACUACAAUCUCCAAACAUAGAGCUUCUAUGGCCUUAAAUACCUUAGAUGUUAAUAAGAUACAGAGUACAUUCACUGACACCAAAGUAAGAUACAGUGUCUUUAAAGAGGAAUAUAUAUAUAUUUUUUUUAUAAUUGAUCGAAAGUUAGUCAUAUAAACAGCAUUAUUUAAAAUAAUUUAAGUCAACAAAAAUUACAUUUUUUUAAAUGUAUUUAAGUUACUUAUUAUUUACUCUAACAUGCUCAAUGUUAUGAGUAUUGUAUAAGUACCAUACUUAAGUGUCAUUAAUGUACAAGUAGCCUGUUGCCUUGAAAGCUUAAGACUUUCACAUAACAAAAAAAGACUGAUAAUGGUCUAAGAAAAUGUCCGUCCAGAUUUCAAUUAUCUCGAAACUUUUACUGACAAGCUUAUGCAAUAGAAUUUUAUAAUUGGUUGCUUUACACAACCGAAAGAAGAAAGUAAAUAGUGUUUGUAAUAAAUGUUUGUAAAAAA